AUGGCUUCUCCGCAGUAUGAAGAUGCGUCGGCCUACAACUACAUGACGGCUAUGAACCCGAACCAUUUAGAGAUUGGUAACGGUGAUGAGGUUGUUACUAUUGAUCUUGUCAAUGAUCUCAGAGAAGAUCCUGAAGAGAUUUGUACUCUUCUUCGCAACGAGUCGUGCGAUCGCUCUUACUGGCUUGCCAUUGCUACUGCUUAUGCUCGUUUAGGAAAUGUUGAUAAUGCUAUUGAAAUAGUCAAGACUGGCAUGGAGUUUCUCCAAACAGAGGAAGAUACUCUCCACUUUCUUUCACUCCUGGUUUGGCUUUACUAUCGCAAAGAACGCGAUGCCCCUAAUUUUGAUCAGGAUACGGGCGAAACGAAAAAGUCUUACCGUCGAUUGGCUACUCAGGCUGCAAAUCGAAUUGCCAUGAUUGAUCGCCAGUCCACUCUUGGCCACCUAACGCGUGGUGAACUUAGUGUCCUUAAAGGCGACUUUGAGGGCAGUCUUAAUUCUUUUCGCGUGGUUCUUACUGAGUCUUCGGAUUCUAAUCUUUUUGGCCAUCUCGGUAAGGCUCGUGUCCUUUACAGCAAGAAAAACUACAAAGGAGCUCUUGCCAUUUACCAAUUAAUUCUUCGCUCGCGACCAAAUUUUCACCCGGACCCCCGAAUUGGCAUUGGUUUGUGUUUCUGGCAUCUUAAUGACAAAGAAAUGGCACACGCAGCUUGGAAACGUGCUCUUGAGCUUGAUCCUGAUGGAAUAGCAAUUAAUGUUCUUAUGGGCCUUUACUACAUGGACGAAGCUGUCAAGAAUGUGGACGACCCAUCUUUUGAAGCUACUUAUAUCAAAGCAUUGAAUCACAUCCAAAGCGCCUACAAGGCUAACCCAAAUUAUUCUGCCGCAGAUUUGAUCAUUGCAAGUUACCUUUUUUCAAAAACUGAAAUGGACAGUGUCAUCAAACUGGCCAAACGAGCCAUUGAUUACUCUAAUGUUAAACCUGUUAUUAGUGACGCUUAUUUUUGGAUGGCGCGUGCGUAUCACUAUCUUGAUAAUCUCGAAGAAGCACUCAAAUAUUACAAAAAGGCUGAGGAAGCAAAUCCGCAGAGCUUGGUUGCACGCGUGGGUAAGGGUCUUGUAUUAAUGGCUCAGAAUGAUAGCGAAACUCUUUUCACAUUUGAACAAAUUGUUGAAAAAAACCCCAAGAGUACAGAGGCGCUUUUUCUCUUAGCUCUGGCAUAUGUCCAACGCUGGCAACAACAACCUGCCCUUGGUAUUGAGCAUAGAGAUAAAGCUAUUACAUAUUUGGAAAAGUUUAUGCGGCUUUCUAAGGAACAAGACGAAGCACCACCAAUUGAAGCUUUACUUACUUUGGCAAAAAUUACAGAAGAAAAGAAUACCACCACUUCUCUUAAUACAUUGAACGAAGUGAUUCAACUCAUUCAAUCACAGGAAGACAUUCCUGUUAAAGCUGAACUAUACAAUAAUAUUGGUGUGCUUCAUUAUACUAAAGGUAGUUAUGACUCGGCACGGUUAUUUUUUGACAUGGCAAAAAAGGCAGAGGAAGAUGGCCAUGUUUUCCACAAAAACGUCAAAACCUCUAUUCAAUACAAUUUAGCUCGCCUUGAAGAUGCCAGUGGUAACAUUGAAAAAGCGCGAGAACUUUACCAAGAAAUUUUGGAUGAACACCCAGAUUACCUUUCUGCUAGAAUCCGUCUAGCAUACCUGUGUCUUGCUCUUGGUGAACAGAAUGGCCCAACUAAAGUUCGUGAGCUUAUGGCUCAGCACCAAAACAAUUUGGAAGUAAGGGCGCUUUAUGGUUACUAUCUGCGACGCCAGCGUCGGCCUCAAGUCAAGAGUCUGAAUGAUGAUGUUGAAAUGAAGCACUACAAGCGGACGCUUACUGAAAUCGACAAGCACGACACAUAUUCAAUGGUUGCAAUUGGAAAUUUAUACCUUGGUGUUGCACGUGGUCUUCGUGUCAACUCAGACAAUGACUUGAAAAAGAAAGAGUGGACAUACUCAAAGGCUGCUGAAUACUUUGAGCGUGCGUUGCUGACAGACAAAAACAAUGCGUUUGCAGCGCAGGGCGUUGCAAUUAUAUUUGCUGAAACUAAACAGUCAGACAAGGCUCUUCAAAUUUUUAGUAAAAUUCGUGAGACGUUAAACGAUGCAUCCAUUUACAUUAAUAUGGGUGAUUGUCUUGUUGAUUUAAGGCAGUUUUCUAAGGCAAUUGAGUGCUACGAGAUUGCCCUUAAUAGAUAUAGACGCGAUCCACAAAUUUUGAUUUUGCUCGGUCGUGCAUGGUAUGCUCGUGGCAUGACGGAACGCAGUAUGGAGGCUCUCAAGACUUCCUUGAGCUACUCUGAAAAGGCUUUUGACGAGUACCCUGAAAACAUGGGACUUAAGUUUAACGUUGCAUUUUUACGUUUCCAAAUGGCGGAUUUCAUUCAAAAACUGGCUGAGCGCGAUCGGACUACCAAAGAUAUUGAAAAAGCUAUAAAGGGCCUUGAGCUUGCAAUUAUUUCAAUGAAAGAGAUUGCCAAAUCCAGACAUCCUCCUUACCCUCCUGAGGACUUAAAGAAAAGUAUUUCUAUUGCAGAGGAAACAACGAUCAGAAGGUUAAAGCGAGCAUUGGAGUUGCAAAAGGAGUACGAAAUCAAAUAUCACGACCGUAUUGAUCAGGCUCGAAAGGCACAACUUGCAGAGAAGGAGCGUUUAGCACGGGAGAAAGAGGCCAAGGCAAAGGCAGAGAAGGAACGCGAAGAGAUGCUUGUCAAAGAGCGCAUGCAAUUACAGGAACAAGCUCGUGAAUGGGCUGAAAAGGCUGCUGCUGAGAGGAUUGAUGACGAUGAAGAAGAAGAAAAAUCAACUAAAAAGCGUAGCCGAGGCGGUGAGAAACGGAUUCGUGGACCCAGACAACCUCGCAAGCCUAGGGAGCCUAGAAAAUCUCGAAAGAAAUUCAAGAGUGCUUCUGAUAUUGAAGAUAGUGAUGAAGGCUUAGACGAUCUCGAGGAGGACCCUGUAUUGGAUGAUGAAGAAGAAGAAGAAGAAGAGGCCGAAGAGGCCGAAGAGUCUGCUCACGAAGCAACUGAUGAACGACCCAAACGCCGACGUAUUAUGGAUAGUGACGAUGAGGAAUAA